AUGGCUCUGGCCAACCUCACAACCACCCCAAAGUUCUUCCUCCUCGGCUUGGUGGAUGGAACAGAAGCCCGCCCGCUCCUGUUCCUGCUUUUCCUUGGCAUCUACCUGCUCAAUGCCCUGGGCAACCUGAGCAUGGUGGUGGUGGUGAGGUCCGACUGGGCCCUCUGCUCCCCCAUGUAUUACUUCUUGGGUCACCUGAGCCUCGUGGACAUCUGCUUUACCACAGUCACAGUCCCCAGGCUGCUGACUGGCCUGCUCCACCCGGGCCCGGCCGUGUCCUUCCAGGCCUGCUUCACCCAAAUGUACUUCUUCGUGGCUCUGGGCAUCACCGAGAGCUACCUCUUGGCAGCCAUGUCCUACGACCGCGCAGUGGCCGUGUGCCGGCCCCUGCACUACCGUGCGGUGGUGACAACCGGGCGCUGCGUGGCACUGGUGCGCGCGUCCUGGGCCGUGGCCCACCUGCACUCGCUGCUACACACGCUGCUCAUCUCCGCGCUCGCCUACCCGCACUGUGCACCCGUGCGCCACUUCUUUUGCGACAUGACGGUGAUGCUGAGUUUGGCGACCUCGGACACGUCCGCCGCGGAGACUGCCAUCUUCUCCGAGGGCCUGGUUGUGGUGCUGACCCCGCUGCUCCUCGUGUCCCUGUCCUACGUGCGCAUCCUCAUCACGGUGCUGGGAGUGUGCUCGGCAGGGGCCCGCGGGCGCGCCUUCUCCACCUGCGGGGCCCACCUGGCGGUGGUGUUGCUUUUCUUUGGCUCUGUUCUCUCCGUCUAUUUCCGGCCGCCGUCUGCCUACUCGGCCCGCUACGACCGCCUGGCUAGUGUGAUCUAUGCGGUGAUCACGCCGACUUUGAACCCUUUCAUCUACAGCCUUCGCAACAAAGAGGUCAAGGGUGCCCUAAAAAGGGGUGUCAGAUGGAAAGCUGCACCCCAAGAGGUGUGA